AUUAAAUGGUAUCAUUUGCAGCUUCAUAAAAACAUUUUACGACUCAUAAUUUAUAAAAGAAAGUCUAAUUUUCUAACUAAAUGCCUUUAAAAUCGUUUCAAGUUUUCGACUCAAAUUAUCCGCUAUCCGUUUAAUUGACAUUUAUGAAGUUAAUGAUUAUUUUCCUACUUGGGACGGCUAUUGAGAAUCCUCUUUCGGGAAUUUAUGAGCUGUACUAAUGGCAGCAAUGACAAAUACGUGAUGGCCGUUGCCACCGAUCAGAAAACGCGUACACUGGAUUAUCGUUCAUACAGACCCUUUUACUGUUUACUGUAACAAAUCUCAAAAUACACGUGUCAAGUGUUUGUGAUUCCUAAACUAAGGAUAAAGUAUUAAAAGACAAAUGUGUUUCACGGGGUGAAAAGUGAGGAUAAACUGCGUGAAGUGUCUGGACAACAAGGGUUGCUAAACCGCGUUCACGGAGGUAAUAUCGACGAUUUUUGAUCGAGACGCUAAGCUCAUUUGGUUAAAUGGCCUAAAAUCUAGAGUGUCUAAGUGUCUCCUAAUUGAUUUCCAGGAUUCCAAUAGGCAGAUAUUCUGGCGAAAGCUCCUUUUUCUUUUGUUUACGCCUUGUCACUUGUGUUUUUGUUGUGUGCAGCCGCGCGCGGCUGUCUUAGUGUAUGUGUAAGCACUGUAAAUGUGAGCCUGUAAGUGUAAAGGUUUAUGUGUAUAUGUGACUCAUACAACGUACAUUUUAAGGGCGCGCUCGAGCGCGCGUGAAACUUAUAACCUCAAAAUUUUCCAGCUUCCAGCUGUCUAUCAGGCAAAAGCAAGCAAAGCCAGUCAACUGCAAUUGUUGUUUAUUAUGUUUCAAGUUAAUUUUUUCUGAUUUAAAAGUUCAAACAAUGCCAGCCAAUUAUUUUUGGCUCCUGGACUUGGGGUAAAUUACAAUCCAGGCAGAAACAAUUCCCCAAAAGCAUAAUAUUAUGAUGUAAUUAAAGAUUUACAACGAAUAAUUUAAAUUUAUUAUAAAUGGAACAAGUCUUUAAGCAAAUGAACUUCAGAAAGAAAUUAGAAAAUGUUCGAAACUCAAUUGUACAUUUAUUUUUUAACGGCUAAUGCAUUUGAUGGAGGAAGACGUACGACAUAAUAAAAUUUGAUAACAUGCGAGAGUGGUUAAAAAUAAUUAAUAGCUGUGGACAACUCUCCAAGAAAAUUAUCAAAAAAAAAAAAAAAUGUUAUAUUUAUAUAAAUAUAUUAUGAAAUUUGUGUGAAAUCAGAAAUUACAUGCAUGUCAGGAUCAGGCGACGUUGGUCGAAAACGCGUUGAAUGGCGUCGCAACGCGAAUAUCAAUUUGUCAAUUACAUUAAUAUCCAAUCUCGUUUUAAGAUUUAAACUCGUGCCAAUUUGGAUAUAAUAAGGAGAAGAAAAAAGGUGGCCCAACGCUGCCCAUAGUUGCGAGGUGCUGCGUGGGCAUGCAGCAGCCUCAGUCACGCCCUCUUCUCGGGGACUCUGUAUCCUCUACAACAUCCCCAAAUACACGUCGGAAUAACCCGGUUGCAGUCCUCACACAACAGCAGCUUCAACAAUUACAACAGCUUCAAACUCACAAUUCCACAGCUCAAGCAGUAGCGUUUACUUUGCAACAGCCCUCAAAUAACAAUCAGGAGCAGCCAAAUGGAACAACAAGUGGAAGUCACAUAGUUUACUUAAACCAACUGAAUCAAUUAAAUCAGAGUCCCAUCAAUUCAUCUGGGACUGGUAUGGGCCUAUCCCCGGCCACCCCCACAUUUGGGGUGGGCCUUAAUAUGGGACUGCCGCUAUCGUUAUUAAAUACCAGCCUUACAUCGCUUACUUCGAAUGUAAUCACAACUUCGAAUCCUUUGCUCAAUCUAAGUCUCCCCAGUUUAAAUUCAGGCCUAACGGCAAUUAAUCCUAGUAUAAAUCCUUUAAACGCUCUAAAUUCUAAUCUUAACGCGAACUUACCACCGGACAGUAUUACCAAUGGAAUAUCAAGUUUAGGCCAGGAAUUGAAUGGAAUAAAUACUGGUUUGAGUCGUCUUAGCGCAUUAAAUUCCACGAGUCUCAAUCCAGGUGUAUCGAGUGUCAAUCCAAAUUUGACGAAUUUAAGUCAAACAUUAAAUCAAAAUCUUGCCACUCUUAAUGCAAAUUUAAGCGGUACAAAUUCUGCUGCAUCUAACUUAAAUACUCUCAACACUAAUUUAAAUGCAAACUUAACAACAGGAAGUUUAAAUCAAGGGACAAAUCGUUCCAUAAGCGCUUUAACAUCAGGUCUCACUUCCAAUAAUUUCAGUACCGCUUCACAAUUUCCAUUUCAAACAAUACAAAGUAUCCAAAGUAUCGCGCCACAUAUUGUUGGUUCAAAUAUUGCUUCCGUACCAAGUUCAGCCAUAUCACAACACCAAAGCACAAAUAUUACCAGCUCACAAAUAUCGACUGGUGCGACAUCAAGUUGUAGUACAUUCACAAGUACAUGCAGUGGACCAAUUCUUGCCACAACAACAAAUACAAAUCAUGGCUCGAAUGUAACACAUCCAAUAAAUGUUGCGCAAUUUGGAAUUAUGACAUCAAAUCUUUCCAGUGUUGUGACAUCGCACAUGACAUCAAAUGAAUCCAAUCAUGCCACAGCACAUCCUGGUGGAUUUCAAAGGCAAUUCUCACAUAUACCAAGUUCACCGUCUUUAAAUUCAACAGCAACAUUGACAGCUGGCAAUCCAACGACAAAUACAAUCAUUCCAAAUAUCAAAUCAAUGCAAAAUCAAAAUACCGGCUCACCUGGAAGUCCAUUUUCGAUACCAAUGAAAAGUCCAGCGUCUAAUAUUGCACCACCAACACCGAGUCCUAGUCCAAAUCGACUUUUACUCAGGAGUCCGGCCUCAAAUUCAAUGCAAAGCAAUAGAAACAGUCCAAGUCCAGUGUCAUCGUCAACGCCGAAUAAUUCAUUUGGAAUGCAACUUCACAGUCCAAUGCAGAGUCCAAUUAGUCAAAUUCAAAGUCCUGCGCCUAGUCCUUAUCCAAAUUCCAAGAGUCCUCAUCAUCUUGGAGGUGGAGGUGGAGGUUCACUCAGUAAUAGAAGUCCUGCGCCUGGUAGCAGUCCUGGUCCACCUGUGGUUAGACCAAAUACGCCAAUAAUUCAACAAGGUAUGCAAGUUUUACAAAUUAUACAUGGAACUCCACAAGGAUAUCAAUCGGCACCAGCUCAACUUGUAACGAGGACUCACCUUUUUGGCAAUCAGCAAAUUCAAAUUGCUACUGCAAAACCGGCGAAACAACCGCCGCAAAUAUUGCCAAAGCCACCUCAUCAACAAGCUGGCGUUUCACAGCAAAAGCAACGUGUUACAACAACAAUUACAAAUCAAGUGAGCCAAGUAACGCAACAGUCGCAGCCUCAGAUUGUAUUAGCUGGUCCACAACAAAAUCCUGGUACUGCAACAAUGAUUCCCACUGCACAAGGUCUUCUUUUAAACCAGGUCCUGCCAUCGACUGGACCAGUAAUCGUUCAACAACAACCGGGUGGCGUUCAACUGAUUCUUCGAGCACCAGCAACUUCUCAACAACAAACGCAUACUGCACAGUUAACGCAACAACAAUUGGUGCGAGUUGUUACUGCACAAGGUAUGCAGUUACAAGGACUUGCUCCAACUUUCUUCGCUGUACCAAACGGUUUUACUUCACCGAGUCCUCCAGUUCUAAGACACACACCUUCUAGUCCUGCACCAGAUUGUAUUAAUUUUGCAGCAAAUUCUGGCAAUAAUAAUUCAAUAGUAAUUCAAAAUGCGAUGGUGCAGAAUCCACAACCGCAAUUAACGCAAGCAACCACUGCGAGUAAUACGGCUAACGUUCAAAAUGCCCAGACGAUAAUUGAUCAGAGUUUAUUACCGCCUCCAAAGAAGAAAGCCAAGAAGAAAAAGAGACCGAGAAAAAAGGAUGACGAACCAACAAAAUUGGAUUUGGCAAGCAUAAUAAAAAUAUCGGGCAUCAAUGAUGAUGAUGAUAUUUUCGAAAAUGAUCUCAUUAACGAAUCGGAACAAUUAGCGCCUCAUAUACAAACAGAAACAAAUCCCAUUGUUCCGAUCACGUCUUCUCAAAAUGUGAUACACGUACCUGCAACGAAUAUGUCCCAACCAUCGCAACAUACUGACAAUCUUAAUAGUCCCCUGAUAGCGCAACUACAAAUGCCCGUACAAAAUACCAUCUCCGGACAAUUACGAUUAGCAGUCGGUGAAGAUGGAAGAGUCGUUCUUCAUCAUACACCAGAACCAAAUCAACCCGAAAUUGAUCAAGCAACAGCCCAAGCCUUAAUUCGAUCGUUAACUCAAGGCGGUGGUCAAAAUUCACAAUUCAUCUCCCAAAUUCUUGGUCAGACUCAUGUUGUUCAAACGGUUCCACAAACAACUCCCAGUCCAACGCCAAGUAGACAAAAAUGCUCUCAAUCACCAGCUCUCGGCGCAAUGCAACCAAAUCGAAUCACAAGUCCACCAGCAACUCAAAAUAUAAUCACAACUGCACAAUUCGUUCGUGUAAAUUCCACGCCCAGUAAUAUUCAAUCAACAACUCCAAGUCCGACAAUCACUUCGCCAAAUUGUUCACAAUCCACAAAUCUUCAUUCACAUUCAACAUCUCAACCAACUACAACAACUGCAACUAAAGCAGUCACCGGUUCGUCUGUUCAAUUCUGCAAAAACACAGUUCAAUCUGCCAAUAGUGAAGCAAAAACAACUCCCACCACAAAAGUAUCAACCAUUAAAUCACCAGCUCAUCAAACUGUUCUCAAUCAGAAUGUUCAACAUGUAAAAUGUAGUCAGGUGAGAAUUCGUAACACAUGUGUCGCAACAUCACCACGUCAAAAUCACGUUAAAGUCACACAACAAAAUAUUCAAACUCAAAAAACACUUCAAUGUGGCACAUCAGUUCAACGACUUGUCAAAAACAGUCAAAAUGUCCAACAAAUCAACAUUCAAGAGGAACAACAAUCACAAAAUUCGCCACAUCAUCAAAAUGUCACACAACAAAUUGCCGCCGCAACACACACAGUUCAAACACAAAAUGUUCAACAUAUUUUCGAACAAAAUAUCAAUCAAUCACAAAAUUCCACCGAAGGUAUGCAAAUUGAUUCAGUGAAUGUAAUGCAAAAGAACGCAAGAUCUAUUCAACAACAAGCAAUCAACGUUCUACAACAAGAUCUCAGUUGUAUUCAAAAUGUUGAUCAAAAUCUACAAUUUGAUAUACAUCAAGGACAAAAUGUAAUUCAAGGACAAAAUUUAAUUCACGGCCAAAGUGUCAUUCAAGGUCAUAAUUUAAUCCAAGGUCCAAGUGUCAUUCAAGGUCAAAGUGUAAUUCAAGGACAAAAUGUCAUUCAAGCACAGAAUUUAGUUCAAGCCCCAAAUUUAGUUCAAAGUCAAAAUGUAAUUCAAACUCCAAAUUUAAUUCAAGGACAAAAUAUAAUUCAUGGUCCGAAUUUAGUUCAAGGACAUAAUGUAAUUCAAAGUGGUCAAAAUUUGAUACAAGGACAAAAUGUAAUUCAAAGUCAGAAUAUACUUCAAAAUCACGUUAUACAUCAGAAUCAAAAUCAAAAUAUAAAUCAAAAUAUUCAUCAGACACAAAACAUUCAUCAAAAUCAGAGUGGACAAAAUAAUCAGCGCAAAAAAUCGAGUACCCCAGUUAAUAUACAACAAUUUGAGAAUCAACAACAACAACAACAACAACAACAUCAUCAUCAUAAUCUCCAACAGCAAAAUAUUUUAAUUUCAAACAAUGGCGCAAAUCAACAGGAACAAAAGCAUGAUCCAUUAAUUUCGGCAAAUACAUCAAAUGUCAUAAAUAAUGCGCCAAAAAUAAGUCCCGAGAUUCUGAGUGCCUUGAGUAAUCUUAAUCCUAAUGAUCAAUUACUUAUUGCAAAUGCAAAUGGACAAAUGCAAGUGAUAAGUCAACAAUUGUUUCAACAAUUUUUGUCAGGACAAUUGCAUGCAACACAAACGCAAAAUCAGAAUCAAAAUCAAAAUCCAACGCAAAAAAUUGUUAUCGGCGAACCUGAUGCGAGCAAUCAGAAUCUACAGGGAUUACAAAUUAAUACGCCAACGAGUCAAAUUAUUGUUAAUAGUUCUGGUGGUGCGCCAACUAUUCAAAAUAAUAUACAAAAUAUUGUUGUACAAGCUGCACCAUCGCAAAUGCCACAUCAAAUACAAAUUCAAAAUUCUGGUUUUCCAAGUCAAUUUCUCGAUAAUUUGAAUCAACAACAAAUUCGAAAUUUGGGCAAUAAUCAACAAUCGAAUCCAAGUCCAGCACCGAAGAAAGCUAAAGUCGUUAAGAGAGCAAAAGUUGUUACUUUAACGCAAAGCACCGCUAAUGCGCAGGCAACAAAACUUGUGAAUGCUACGAAACCGACAAUAGUUACUGCAACCUCAGUACAACAAAAAUUGGAGAAUACCACAAAACCAAUUGGUUUCACAUCUCCAAUUGCUGAUCAGAUUAAAAGUGAAAAUGUUCAAGUUACAGUUAAUGGUCCAUCUCAAAGUCCAAUGCCACCAUCAUCAUCAACAUCAACGAAUAAUCAAGUUGUACAGAGAUUUCAAACUAUUCAAUUACCAGCACAAAAGCAACAAAUGCUCAAAACAAUACAAGCGCAAAUACAAACAAUAUUGGCACGUAAAACAAAUUCACAAUCCGAGCAAAUGGUUCUUUCGAAACUUUAUCAAGAGCAAGCAAAAAUUUUGGCCAGUGGAAAAAUUAUUAGCAGUUCACCUCAUCCUGUUAGCUGCGAAUCUGAGGUAACAAACAUUACAUUCUCUGCAUGUUCACUUGCCCAAAGUACUUGCAAAAAUCAAACUUCAACUGUUCAGACGCAAACACCUGCUGCAACAACAACCACGACGACAAAUUCCGAUGUCAAUUUCAAAUUUCAACCUUUGCAAAAAGUUGCAAGAAUGUCGAGUGAUAAUUUGGGAGACUGCAUGCAAUUUAUGCAAACACAGCAAAUUGGGCCUAGUAUUCCACCAUCGAGCGUUCAUCAAGUUGUACACAAUAAACAUCAGAAAUGUUACCAAAGUCAUGAUAAUAAUCAAACAUUAAGUCCGUCCACAAUGACAGAGCAAAGUUUAUCGUCAUCAAAUAGAUCGACGAAUUUAAUGCAAAGCAAUACAUCGCAACUUUUAUCACAAACACAAAAUCAACAAUCAACACAAUGUCAAACUGAUCCAUUGGAUGUCAAACCAAACAUUCAAAUACCAAGUCCAGUGAAACAAGAAUUACCUCCACCAAAUCAAGUGCAGGUACAAAAUGGUUCAACCUCAUGUCAAGUAACAUCACCAAGAAUUGUUGCAAGAAUUGCGCCAACAAGUAUUCCAAGUUCUGUAUUACCAGUAAUAAGUGGUAACAAUGUUAAACAAAUGACAACUCCUGGUAAUACUUCAAAUACUCUCAAUUGUCCAAGGCAAGGCAUUAAGAGACCAUCGUCAAGCCCUAUUUGUAGGCCUAAUAACAACCAUUGUGAACUAAUGGAGCAACAAUUGAAAAUGGAUCAAGGUGGCGCAGCGAAUCCUGAUGUUAACACUCCAUUUGCGUGUAAAAGAGACGCAUGUAAAAGAUUAGUGAGAUAUCAUUGUUUCAAUGAUCAGGUACUAAGUCCAAAAGAUUUGGCAAAGGCUGAUGAGAUUUUUGAAGAAACUGCUAAACACUUACUCAGCAAAUUUAAUUCUAUGAUGAAUAAAUACACUUAUCUUCUCCUUAUGGAAAGUAUGCGUGAAGUGAGGACUUCGGAAUUAAUGAUGAUCGAUCGAUCUUUUGUUGCCGAGGAGCAAAAUAUGUUAAAUAGGUUACGUGAUCAAGAAGCAAAAGUCAGUGAAGAAUUUAAGAAAGAAGAAAAACUUUUGGUACCAAAAGUCGAAGCCGAUAUGAGUGAUGUGGAUAAUUUAAUUCCAACAUUAGGUGGUGCAUCGGUGAAAUUAGAACUCGAAGACGAUUUUCCCGAUGUUGAUGGUCAAACGAAAGGUCCUCCAUUAAAACCCUCGAAUUGUACAACAGCCGAUUAUGAUGAAUGGCUGGAAAUACAAAAGGAGCUUGGUGUUUAUACGCCAACAACCACGGAAUCAUCAAAAUAUAAAAACAAUAAUUUAGUUGGUAAUAUAACAGUGACUGCACAUUUAAGGCCGAAAGUUGAAAGAACGCGAGCAAAUGGUGAAUUUCGUGCAAGUGAAACAAGUGUUGUUGCGAGUGGUUCUUCAAAUGUUCAAGUGAGUACAUCAAAAGGGAACUUUGAAAAUAGUGGAAAUAUCACAUCAUCAUCAUCAUCAUCAUCCAAACGCUUAAGUAGUGCCACCGAAUUGGAACGUGAUCUUUUAGAGGAUACAGAAAGUCUUGAUGGACUUGCACUUUAUUCACAAUCACAAUGUCCAGGCUCACUUGAUAUUUCUGGUGAAUCGGGUAAUGCAAAUGACAAUGAUGACAUUACCGCCCAAGUUCAAUCGGCCAUAGACAGCAUUCUUAAUCUUAAGAAAAAUCCUUCAACGGCAGCACCAGGAAGCGCAAAUCCAGCGCCUCAACAAACAUCCGAAUCGAAGGAUGCGAUGCUUGAUCAAGCCGUUCGUAGCAUCUUAGGCUCGUGACCCUCCUUCAAUAAAGUUUGUUAAGAGUUAAAGGACACUCAAAUAGCGAAAUAAUCAUUAAGCUGCGAAUCUCUGAUCUAUCUCUAACUUUCUCUUUCUCUGAACUCCAGAUUUCUUUUUUUCUGAACCAUAAAACUCUUAGUAAAUUACAAAUUUGCCAAGAGAUGUAAAAGUUUCUUUUUAAAGGAAAAAAAAAAAAACUUUAAAAAGUUUUAAUUGUGUUCAGUUUAUGAACUUAAAACGAAUUAUCUGUCACUGGAUCACAUUGAUCCUUCGUUCAUGGGAAUUUUUUUUUUUUUUUUCAUUAGAUUUAGAGAAUGGUGUUCAAUGAAUUUAUAUAAUACGCCAAGCAUAUCAUAAUAUGGUCGCGGUUACCAAAACUUUUAUGCAUUCAAGUUCGAUCCACGAUAGUAAGAUAAUCCAGUGUUUAAGGAUCGUAAUUUAUUUGGUAGUUUUAUUUUAGAUAAUAUUUAACUUAAAAACGAUAAUUUAAUUCAAAAGAUAAGUUAAAAGAAAAUUAUUUAAUUCGACAAUUAUUUAAUUUAAAAAAAAGAAAGAAUUUACUUCAAAAGUAAUUUAAUUUGUGACGUAAUUUAUUUUCCAAUAUUAUUUAAUUAAAAAUAGGAUUUUUUUUAUGUUAGUUAUUUUUUUUUCUUUCGUUUGUAUAUUUUGUUUCAAUCCUGAAAGAUAAUGUAAUGAAUUUUAUUUUUCAGGGAUAGUUUUUUUUUUUUUUUUAGUAAUGUGAAAAUGAAAUAUUAGAAAUAUUUAACAUCUCAUUGUAACAAAAGUACAAAUUGUACAAAAUAUUUUUAACAAUUAAAAUAUCUUAAUUCAUUGACGAAGAGAACGCGAACUGUUAAAUUUUGAAUUGACGCUUUUAUUUAUAUUUUAAAAUAAAAAAAAAAAAAAACGAUUCGCGUACUUUUUUGAAAGAAAAGAACUUUGCAUCUCUAAGGCGAAAUUGUGAUUUUUCGCGAGAGUUGAUAGAUGGAUGGCGAAAUAAUUUCGCUGAGAUAAUUCGAAUAUAUUUUUUUUUUACGCAAUUGCAUACAUUUCUCUUUAAGGAUGUUUGAUUUGUUAAUCUUAAAUUAAAUGAUGGUUUACAAAAAAAUAUUAAGAAAAUACUAAUUGUAAACAGAAUUCAGUAACUGUAAUAAAUUUAGUUUGACUACUUUUAUAAAAAUGUUCUUUACUUUUAGUUAAAUUUUAAUGAUUUAAACAUCCUUAUUAAGUAAAUGUAGUGAAGCCAUUAUUAUUUUAAAAGAGGAAUUGCAACUAUCAAGUAUGCGAAGAUGAGUAGUAAGCAAGGACUAUAAAAAGAUUUUUUUUUUAAAUAAAAAGAAUUUCAUAAUGGCAAACUAUAACAAAUAUAAAGUUUUAAUGUAAAAAAAAUAAAUUGUAGUAUUUGUUAAUUUUGCUUACUGCUAAUCUCUUUUAUUUACAAAAAUGUGGCGUAUAUAUAUACAAACCAGCCAUAAUAAUUUCGGCAGCUGUAAAUGUGAUUACGUAGCUGGUAACAGGCUCAGAUAUUUUAAUCUACAAGUUUGUAAUGUAAUUUUGUAAAAAGAAUCUAUUUAAAAUGAAUCUUUCCAAUUAAAAGUUUAUAAGUAGUACGUAAACAGUGAUGAUGCGAAUUUUAAGAAUACUUAAAGAAAAAAAAAACAGAAAAUGGGUUGGUAAAUUGUACAUAUGUUUUUAAUGUGUAUUAUUAUUACUAUAUUAAUAUUAUUUUAAUUUUAAUAUAAAAUAUUGUUAUUGAGAUUCGCUCUCCGAAUCAUUAGAACUAUUAUCGACACUACCUGUACAUUCUUUUUAUCUUGUCGAUUUUGGUGACUCGUGCUACAAAAAAAAAAAAACAUAAGAAAAGAAACUAGAAUUGUAGUCACUUUGCUGAAUUGGUAAAUGUAGACGGAAACUUUAUCAGACAAAACUAGUCGCUAAACACGACUCAUUCCGUUAUUAUAAUUAUAUUGUAAUGUGAACGCUGUUUGAAUUGAAACUGAAAAUCAAAUUGAAUUUUAUAACAAAAAAAAAAAAAAAAGUAGAAUCUAGUUUUCAAAUGGUUUCAAUGUCGCUUUAAAAUACACAAGCGUGACAGUGAAAUAUGCACAUUGCGUUUGAGAAAAGGAUUUUUUUCUCGCUACCAUUGUCUUUCUUUUGUUAACUAAUGUGCGUAUUAAAAACAUUAUUUAUCAUUUUUCUAUGUACAAAAAAAAAGAAACUAAAUUGUUUCAAAUUUUUACGGAAACGUAAAAAAGAAAUUCUUUUCAAAUUCAUUUUUUUUAAAUCUUUUUUUUAUUUCUUCUAAACGAGGUUUUGAAUUUAUUUGAAUGAAAUUCAUACUUUUUCUUUUCUUUAAUCGUAUCUAUAAUUGACGAUUAAAUGGCUGUUAAUUUUUUUUCUUCGGAAUAUAAGAAUAUUUGUACAGUAAGUUAUUAUAAAUAUUUAAAACGACUUUUAAUAUAAUGCGCAUUGUAGUGUGAUUUACAACGACAGCAUUUUUGCUCAAAAAAAUAAAAAAAAUGUAGUUUAAAUUAAUACUUUUUUCGUUUGCCUUUUUUUUUUGUUGAAAAAAUCUAAGGGGAAAAAACUUUUUCUUUUCCAAAUCCUUUCUUCAAACGCUUGUGUAUGUAAAAAAAAAAACACGAGCACAAAUUUUACAUUCUCGCGCACACAUUCUCGUUGAGCCUCAGAGUGUACAGAUUGUACAAAGGGAAAAAAAAAAAAAAGUUUUGGUAAAAGCUAUUCAAGACUGACAUAUAUACUGAUAAUGGAUGCAAAAUAUUUGAUGUAAUAAAUUAAAACGAGUAAUGUUCAUUUGUACAUAAUAUUUAAUUAUACUCUUGAUGGCAAAAGUGACUUAAUUUUUACAAACUUUAAUAAUUACACACACCAGAGCUGUCCAUCUGAUGCUGCCAGUCUUGGCGAAUGUAAUAAUAAAGGCAAUGAUUGUAUAUGAAUAAUA